AUGGAGAACUUGUCAACUUUAACUCGAACUUCAACGACUCAACACGGUUGAGAUUGUUCCAAAUUUUGAAUUAACCAUCAUUUUCAGUGAACAUAAGAGCAGCCAAUAAAGAAACUUGUGUUAGUAUGGAAGAAAUAAAAGGCAGUUUUCUGGAAAAUUUGGCGAACAAACGAGGAAACGACAAAAAAGAUCUAAAAAUUCUGGCUAGUAUGUUUUAUUUCCAUUUUGAAAAACUCAAAACGAAAAGACAAAAAGAUUUGCCGCCAGCAGGGGUCGAACCUGCGACCUUGGGCUUAUUAGACCCACGCUCUAACCGACUGAGCUAUGGCGGCUGCGAAGUCGGCAAGGCGCCGAGUCUGUCAAGUUGCCUGCCGUUUUUCUCUAUCACGGUGUAGUGAGAACUCGAAAAUAGAACAUUGUCGGUCUUUUUCUUUGGAAAACUUCGAUAGUAGGGAUUCCAAGCCUAAUUUAAGCUCUUGAGAUUUAAAGAAGGCUAUUUUAGUGUCGAAUGCGGAGUCAGUGGCUCAAAUCUUUCCUCAAUGGGUUCGAUUGUGCUAUCGAAAAGGAGAAACCAACUAUGAACCUUAUGAUAUGAACAUGCCGACGAAAAUUAUACCGUAAGUUUGCAAAAAAGUUUUUUAUAUAGUUCUGACUUAAAAAAGGCUUCUUAAGAUCCUUAAAAAGACAUUAUUCAUCAGACGACCAAUCGAACAUUAUCGCUUUGAUCCGCCAUUGACUGAGCGAGGCCUGAUUGUGGCGGAAACCUACGGCCGAGGGCUAAGAAAAGCUGAUUUUGUUCCUUUUACGGUUAGUUUUAGUUGUGUUUAAAUAUAAAAAUGAACUGAAGAACCGACAAAAGUCGGAAAGUAGAAAAUUUUUUUCCUCGAGCUGAAAAACAAAUUUAUUUACAAUUCCAUUCGAAAAAGUUUUCUUAAUAAUUGAAGUGCGUUCAAAGUGAUUCAUUUAAAACAGUUUUCAGAACGCAAAAUUCGCUUCCAAUCCUAUUUUCACUCCUAUUUUGAAAUGGCGCUCGAAUAUUUUCAAAUGAGUGAAGCCUGUUCAAUUUCAGGAGCUCUUUUGUCAAAAAUAACUCUUUUAUUGCCUGCAAACUGCUAUACUAAUUGAAAUAGUUGAAUAUAGUUUUUAAUCGAAAAUAUUAAGAUUUACUGUUCGCCGGAUUUGAAAUCGGUACAGACAGCUUGCGCCAUCGUCAAGGGCAUGGACAGUUCUUCAACUUCGGUAAAUUAUUUCAAAAAAAUCAAUUCAAAAAAAUUGUACAUGUGCUUGCAUUUUAGAUUCCUUUAGUUGCUUCAAGCAAUGAAUAUCCCUUUCGAAGCUACUUUUACUUUUUUCUAUUCAGAAUUCAAUAUGGAAAAAAAUUGACGUGAAAGGUGAUUCAGAAGUUCAGAUUUGCAUCGAACCGGCCCUGGCGCCUUGGCGACAGAUGUACCCGCCUUACAUGCACAAGGCUUGGUUUUCGCCUCGAACUGUGGGUUUUAGCGGUUGAGAAAUACUUUGAGACUUUAUUUCUCGAAAACUAGGCAGUUGUGCAGGUUGAGACUUUCAAGAUCUUCAUCUGAUACCUUUAAAAGUGUUCUGGCCAAUUUUCAGGGAUUUCUCAAGAAAAAUGAACUCCUAUGGGAGUGAAAUUAUCUUCCUAGAACUGAGUUUGUACACCCCUUGUAUGAAUUUUUAGAAAAAUAAGGGUUUAUCAAUGCAAAAUUUGAUCAUGCAACUAAAAAUCUUUAAAAAUAUAUGCUCAAGAAAAGCUCAGAAAGUCUUACAGUUCUCCAACAUGAAGAACCCGAUCGAUGAACGUUAUGAGCCGAUGAUCAAGGCUUCGGUCCUGAAAUCCGAAUCGACGAUGGCCUACGGCGCCAGAGUCGCCAGAUUCUUCGCGCACAUUGUCGCCAACUCUGACGACGAGUUUGGAAGCUCCUAUCACUUUUUGAAAGACGUAGCGUAGUGGUUUGAACGAAUUUCUAUGGUGGAAAGGGUGCCGAGAUCGGUCUCCGUGACGUUGAAAAACUGAAUUUUUUUUAAAUUUAAGGAAUUAUCGAUAAUCUCGCAUUCUGGAUCCAAUAAUUGACUUGAAAGAUCAGUUAUGAUUUUUUUUUUUCUUCUGAAAGUCAUUUUUAGGUCGACAACGUGACUUACCAUAGUUAGGAACUAUUCAAACAUAUUCCAAGGAAUCUUGAAUAACGACCCUUUCUUUUUCUCCAGACAGAUCCUGGUGAUUAGCGACAAUUGUAUGGUGGAUGUGACGCGAAACAUGCCAAUGUCGAACGAGGAACGCAUUUUCAUGGUUUUCAUCGGUAUCUCUUUAUAAUGCGAACAUUUCUUUUGAAUUGAAGUCGAUGCGUCGUCAGUCGUGUCAAUUCAACACGAUUCUCUUGCAAAAUGGGCAGGUGAGAGACUUUGAGAAAGGGGGACAAGAUUGGAACUUUUGUUGAAACUUGGAAAUUGGAGGAAAUUCAGGAAUAACAAAAAUGUUAUUAGGUGAUCGGAAAAAAAAAAACUUUCCUGCGGAUCGUGCGACAUAUUGUUAAUUUUCAAUGAGCUCCAAUACGUUUCAGAAUCAUUCCCUUCUUUAACUCUCUGUUUCAAAACUUUUCUCAUGCAAGGGCAUUUUUAAGCAUAGUUUGUUCACCUAUUUUCCUCCGAAGCAACGGAGUUAGUAUUAUUUUGGUACCAAACUCAGUUCGAACUUUUUUUAAAAAGAAUUUAGAAAAGCAUGAAUUGUUCCUGAAGUUAGAUAGGUUUUUUGUAGCUAACAAGGAAGGUCAUUUUACAUUGGUAAUUCCCUGAAAACUGGUCAGAACACUUUUCAAUGUACCGGAUGAAGGUUCUGAAAGUCUCAAACUGCACAACUUCCUAUUUUUUGAAAUGCGCCUUGAAGUCGAGGAAGGCCCUCAAAAUCCGUUAAAAUAGGCUAUUUCAGGUCUCUGAGCUCACAUUUCUCAAAAACUGAAAAGUUGUGCAGAUCUUCAUAAGGUACAUCUAGGAGUACUCUGGCCAAAUUUCAAAAAAUUCCCAACUAACUGCAAAGUGAAACGAUCUCCCUGGUAAGAUAAAGGAGAACAUCUCAGCAAAGUUGAAUUCAGUUCCCAAGCUUUUCCUUUGUAAGUUCCAACCAAUUUUCAACGCUUGUGUUUUUGCGCAGGCUUGGGCGUCAGGCCGGGCGGCCCGGACCGGGCUUUGAGCCUACAAUUUAAAAAAAAAGCCUGCGUGGGCCGGGCUUCGAAAGAAAUCUUAAAUUUCAUUUCGAAAAAGUUUCACGGAAAAUUAUUUUUACUUGUCCAAUUAUAGUUUCUAAUAACUCUAUGAGAAAAAAACAAACAAAAAUACCACUUUUCUCGUUAAAAAAGCGGAAAAUUCGACUUGAAGAAAACUUGAGUUUUUUGGACCGGGCCGGCCAUUUUUGCUUAAGGCCUCCCUUGGGCCGGACUUGAGAAGUGGCCGGGGGCCGAGAGGUUGACGGGCCGGCCCUCGCACAAGCCUGCUUUUGCCCUAACCCAAUACCAGUAAUGCUUUUUAGGCCAAACUCUGCGAAAAGCCGCUGAUGCCCUUCACGAAGACGCUGUUGGAAGCACGCAGUCGUCUUCCUUCCGGUUCGAGAAACCGACGAUCGCCCUCCGUUCAACGAGCCGUCGUUUGACUCGACACCGAUAAACUCUUAUCAAAUGUUUGCUUUGCGGCCGUUUAGAAAAAGCCGUUGAUAAGCUAAAAUAAUAAAACAAUUGAGUCAUUCUCUGGUUUCUCAGUUUUUUGGAGCUUAAUUUGAAUAUGAUGGUUUGGUACUAAUGUUCAGGCUCUGUAGACUUUAUCUGUGAGAAGUAAAAUCAAAAAAAUCCUCUGGCUUCCCCAUUUUUCAGAGUCCCGUUUUGCAGAAGGCAGUUUGGCGUUGUUUUUUAAUCGUGAAGAAAAAAUUCUGAGCAAAUUAUGGAAAAAGAGAUGAGAGAAGUAGUGGAUAACGAGAAAAUGUGUUGAAAUCAUUUUCCGAGAAAAAAAAAAUGGUAUGAGGAUAAAAGCGGCAAUAGAUUGAGCGGCUGGGAAUUGAAGAAAAAUUUUCAUACUUACUGAAAAUUUUCAUCCAAGAACAAUUUUUACGUGUUAAAUCGUAGUUUCUGUCAAUAUCAAAGUGAAAAAAGAUCCCCAAACUUGAUUCUUGCCCUAAAAAAAAGUUUGACAUUUGACUUGACGAAAAUUUGUGCUUUACGAGUCAGGAUGAGCUGCCCUCGCACAAGCCUGAUUUUUGAAUCCAACCUUUUGGUAUAGAAAAAAGGUAACGGUUCAGAAAAACUCGUAAGACCAGAUAUGGAUGUGACUAACAUUUAGGUUAAAUAGAAAAUUCGUGAAAAAAUGAAUUUGGUUUGAAAAGAACGUCAGGAAUUUAAUGAAAACUUCGCGAAAGUCAGCACCUUUUUUCCUAAGUUCUCAAUCUUGAAUGAAUUCUUCUUUCCAAGUGCUGGCUUCAUAAGAGAAAGAAGAACAUUCCCACAAAGACCCACUAUUUUAUCGGUGCGAAACAAAAUGACGCUAGGAUUUUUUCGAUAGAGUACUCUAAAGCCAUUCUUCCGUUAUCAGUUUUCUGUGUUAUCGUUUCGGGAACAACUCCGCGGCCGUCCCUUCCCCAUUUUGGUGUGAGUUUGACAUUUUGUAUCGACCGAAAUUUCAUUUUCAGAUCUUUGAAGAAAAGUUUCAUUAAAAAAGCAACCAUGAACGGGGGCCCUCCAAAUGAUUCGGGUUUGCCUUGGGAGAGACAAGUUGAUUGGUUUCGUAAUAAUUUUCGUAUUUCGAAAUUCUCAGGAUACCCAAGGGCCGUAUCAGCAAAGAAGGAGGAAUCCAAGUGGGCGAGGCGUAAGUUUUUUGAAAAAGAAAAUAUUCCAAAUUUAAUCGCUUCAUUGCAGUUUCAGAUAGCUUUUCAGAAACUUUUGAUGAAACUUGGUAUAUAGGUACUUUCGAACACCUUGAAUCCAAAGAAAUUGAAAAAAAGUGCGCCUUUUCAGUUCUAGUCGAGUUAUGGCGCCUCAAAGUUUGCAAGCAAAAAAUGCAUCAGAUGGAAGGGGGGGAAUGUCUUGCUGCUGCUCAUUGCAGCUGCCAGCAGGUGGCGUGGUGUAGUGGCUAGCGGCCUAGCGCUAACCUACGAUGUAGGUUCGAAUCCUUUUCGGUAAAACUUUUUUUUGCCAUUUUUUUUCUUCGAAAAAAUGAUGAAGUUUCAAAGAUGGAACACAACCUACCACUCAAAAUGUUCAAGUUCACAUUUUUUGUCGUUUUGAGCCAUAUUCUCGACAAAAAAAAAUGUUUUCGUCUAAUUUCACUUUCAAGCUCAAUGGAUUUCGCUAAGAAACUAUUCAGCACAAAAUUUCAUAGGAGUAUAAAGAAAAAAGAUAUUUUAUCCAUAAAUCUUUUUUUCAAGAAAGGAAUCUACGGACCACAAGUAAAGAUGGAACACAAAAAAAGUUUCAUCGAGAAUUUUACGACAAAAAUAUUGUGAAUUUGAACAUUUAGAGCGAUAAUUUUUGUUCCAUCUUUAAAACUUUAUUAUUUUCUUCAAGAAAAAAGUAGGCCAAAAAAUUUUUCACCGAAAAGGGUUCGAACCAUCCGCGUAGGUUCCAAAGCGCUAAGCCGCUAGCCACUACACCACGCCUCCUGCUGGCAGCUAGAGUUAGCCGCCGCAAGAGAUUCCCUCCUCCCUUCCCAUGCAUUUUUUGCGUGCAAACUUUGAGGCGCCAUAACUCGACAAGAACCAAAAAGGCGCACUUUUUUUCAACUUCUUUGGAUUCAGGAUGUUCGAAAGUACCUAUACACCAAGUCUCAUUAAAUCCCAAUACCUCGACCUUUUGCACUUCCCGUGUCAGUACAUUUUCAAAAAUUUUUUUUCGCUCGAAAAAGGCUUGGGUGUGAUGCAGAUGAAAUGCAAUGUUUAUUUCGCUUACAGACAGGUCUGUGGCGUAGAGGAAGAGAACCAUGAAAGUUAUAUUUGCCUCCACUUCGAUAAAGUUCCACUUUAAUCUAAGAAUAUUUUUAGGUCGAAAUCGAAAAAGAAUCAAAAAGAAAAGUAAUCUAUAAACGAGUUAAAUCAUUUUGUGAUAUUUGCAGCUUCCUUUAUCAAAAAAACCAAUUUUUUUCAAACAAAUUUUUAAAUCUUCUUUGGUCAUCCUCAAAAACCAUAACUCUGUUUAAGCCGUUCCAGUAUUUAUACACGCGUUGCGUAAUAAAGUUAUAGUGAACAUGAUGGAUUGGUGGUGGUUCGAGUUUAAGGCCGAUGCCUCUCAGUUGGUUCCGUCUAUUUGAUAUCGUUUGUAAUUUGAAUGGAGAUGGGCACCAAUAAUAACCAUAUGUGAGCUGAUGUGUAAUUAGGAUAUCUUUUUGCAGUCGCCUUGUCCAUAGAGUGUCUAGAGAAAGGGAUUUUAGUCUUACAGCAUAGGUUUCUUUUGGGAGAAGCCGUUUGGUGAAUUUUAUUUGAACCGAUUCUAGCCUGUUUAUGUCAGAUUGGGUAAGUGGAGAGAAUGCCUCCGAUCCAUACUCUAAAAUUGGUAGCCUUUUGGCUUUAUAACAGUUCAUAAAGUUUUUAACGGAAAAAGUGAAGCAACGGAAAAGAUUAUUGAUUAUACGAGUACUUUUUUUGACUAUUAUGUCGAUAUGAUGAUGCAUUUUCAGAUCGGAACUGAAAUUAACUCCUAAAUCUCUAAUCAACUCUUGUUUGGGGAUGGAUUCCUCUCCUAUUCUAUAGUCGUUCCAGAUUCCCCUUCUUUUACCAUACCGCACAUAGACGCUUUUAGAGCUAGAAAUAGAGAGUUGCCUUUCUAAAAGCCAGUAUCUUAUUGAGUUAAUGUCUGAUUGCAGCUUGAGGUUAUAAUUAUCAGUUUCUGAGCUUAUGAAUAAUUUUACAUCAUCUGCAUAAAUGAGCAUUUUGCUAUGUUUUACGACACUAGUUAUAUCAUUUAUGUAAAUCAAGAAAAACAACGGUCCUGAGCAGCUUCCUUGUGGAACCCCAGACAACACCUCGGUUUCGUUGGAGACCUCAUAAUUGAGGCGGACAAAUUGAGUUCUAUUGGUUAAGUACUGUGAAAACCAUUUUUGUAAGCGACCUACACACCCAUAAGCUUCUAAUAUUUUAAUGAGAUGAUGUAUGGUUCUGCUAUAAGUUUUGAUAAAAUCAGGGGCGGAUCGUUUUAUGGUCGGCGGCAUCUUGAAGUAUAUAACCGCUGUGUAAAUAGUUUCUAGCUCUUGAUGCAUACACGCGCUUUAGAGUAGUAUGAUAUAGCUGAUUCACGGCUAGCUUGAGACGCUAAGGGGGCGUGGCCUGUCUGUGCUCUCCACGAGUCAAGCACUGUCUCGUGAAUUAUCGUGUCAGGAACCUUUUUCCGAUGGCUCAAGCCAGCCGUGAAUCAGCUAUAUCAUAACUCAUACUUUUUCGUUAUAACUUGAUUUCUGUUUUCAGCGCGGGGGUUCACGAUCAAGAUCACGAGUUCGUCCCCCAGACGCCCCUCCAGAUUAUUCUGUUAGUAUCGGGAGUUUUUUUUCGCCCUUCUCUGAGUUAUUAGCUCUUAUUUUUGCUCCCCUAUUUCGGUUCCAUGGGUUACUGAGAAAAAAAUUCUGAAUUUUUUGGUGAAUUUAGGACACCUACAGGCGUAGGCUUUCUAACUUGACAAUUGACCUUAAAGUUAAGUUUUUUCCUUAAUUUGAGAUUUUUAAUUAAAGUUAUUCGAGAUUAUUCUUACAGAGCCAUGACAGAGUUCCGCGACUUCCACCCAACGGCGUAGUUCUACCUCACCUGAACGACCAUAACUUGGCGACUAUGGGUGAGAAAUUUCAUUGAGUAUUUCCCGAAGCGUGAAAAAAAGAGAAAAGAUCUAUUUCAUUUACCAGGUUUUCCAAUAAUUCUGGUCCGAAAAUUUCACCGUUUUUAAUUUUUUUUUUCAACUUUAUCGAAAAACAAGUCUAAUCAACAAUAUAAUAACCACAGUUAUCCACGACAGUGGCCCAUCGAAUGGGCAGGUCGCCGAUGCCCUUCGCCCAGAAAAAAAGAAGUCCGCGAUGUCGGAUUUGAAGAUGUCGUAGUUGAUGAAUUUGCUUCCGGCCAAUUGGUACUUCAGCGGGCGGAGCAAGUGGUGUUCGGAGAGGGCGAGGUCCGGAGAAUACGGUGGAUGGGCAACCACAGCCGAGCGUCGUCAACUUCUGCUGGGUCUCCUUCGGCACGUGGGGGCGGUCGUGCAGCAGGUGGGGCUCGUCGGGGACGCUUUUCGGAUGGCAGCGGCUAGUUUCUCGAGCUGAUCGGUGUAGAUGGAUGCGGUGACCGUCCUGCCUUGCGGGAGCAGCUCGAAGUACAGAAUGCUCUUGGCGUCUCACCAGCAGCAGAGCAUGAUCUUCAGCGGGAGCAGGUCGGCUUUCGGCGUUGUCGGAGGCUCUUCUCCGCGCGGGAUCCAGACGGUACGGCGGGCGUCGUUGUCGUAGAGGACCCAGCUUUCAUCCCCAGUGACCAGGUCCUGUAGAAACUCUUUGCGUGCAGAUGAAAGAGGAGAGAAUAACAGAUUGACACGCGACUCUGCUUGUUGGCGCUCGUCAGAUGGUGGGGAUCCAACAAGCCAGAACUUAGUGGUAGCCGAGUAAGUUGAGCCGAUUGUGGAUGGUGGACUUGCUGUAGCCGAGCGUCGUCGCCAGUUCACGGGUGGUUCCGGCUUCUCAUUGAUACAGCGACGGAAUUCGUCACUAUCCACUCUAGAAGGCCUCCCGCUGUGCUCACUGUCCUCGAGGUUCGUGUCGCCGCUCCCGAAACGAUUGAAUCAUCUCCUGACUGUGCGUUGGGACACUGCAUCCUCCUUGCACGCUCUGCAGAUGUUGGCGACCGCGGCGCCCGUGUCGUUGCCCAGAAGCCACUCGUAGUACACGAACGUACGAUGUCGACCUUGGUCUAUUUCAGUUUGUACUAAGAGCUAGACGCGGCGACUGCGCCUCACAUACCCCUAGCAUGAAACUCAACUCAAAACUACUAGAAGGUUUUUACACUUGCUUGAUAUUAUGGCACUUCAAAGGGAACAUAUAGAAUUUCGAAAUUUUUCGGACAGCACAGCCUGAUAGAUUUCUUUGGCUUCAGGGACAAUUUUUUUUUUGAAUAAAAGAAUUUCUUAAUUUUCGCCGAUAAAAUCUGAGCUAAUGCCACAUCAUUUUUAGAGGCGGCCGACCCUCCUCCCAAAUCUUCCUGGUUUAAUGUUAAUACUUCCACUGUAAGGCUAAAACAUGUAUUAAUGUGGCCAAAACUGCCUCCUUGAUGUCGAAGAUUGAUCUUAAUCUUUGUUUCUCCAAAAUAUUUGUAAGCCAACCCCUCCUUCCGGGCUGAAUGAGUUCUGCACUUUCCCAUCUGUACGAGUCUCGUCCUUCACCAGGAAGGAAACUACCUAUUGUCUCCUUUUUCAGCUCCAAACAUCCCACAAGCAUUCAACACACAGAUUUCCGUGAAUCAAAUGCACCGCUGCGGAGAUUCGAUAACUCUUCCGCCGGGUGACUAUCUGCCUUCACUAACCGUUCGGGUUUACCUUUUCCUCGAUGUCACGGACUAUAUUCUUUUCAGGAUAACCGCGGGAUAAUCAAAAAGGGAGGGUUCUACAAUGCACGUAUUGAACUGGAAGGUAAUCAGUUGACAGUGGUGCAAGCAACGUUAAUCCGUGUAAGGAGGUCUUUCCCCUUGUUUCUCAUGAAGUUUUCUCAGAAGGAGCGCUAUCCGAUGUACUACUCAACUGUGACUUUGAUCAAGAAUGACGUCAUAAAUCAAUUGCAAGAAUAUAAGAACGUCGUGAUUUGGAUAGAUACUCUUCCUACUGGUCUUUACAGAUCUGUCCACGUAGGUUAAAAAGCCGGAGUGGUCCUUCUAGGGGAUAUUCUUGGAGUUUUGGCGGAUCCUAUCAAGUUACCAAUUUGAACUCUUUUCCUUGUUCUGUUGGUUUGGUAGUCUAACACUAAAAGGACCACUUGGAACUUCAUUUCUCCGAAUUUAUUCUCAGCUCACUGGAACGAAACUGUUUUCCAAUCGAUCUGAUCAAUAUUUUAUAGAUUUUCAAGAGCGAAGAGACCAAUUUCAAAUGGCGCUUAGUCAAUAGCAAUCUUGAGAAGGUAAACCGAAAAGCAAAUGAACCUUUCAACGCAAAAGGAAAGUUUCUGCAGGACACUACGACGGAAUCCGGAAUAGUAGUUAAAAAAGAGAAUAAAAAAUGGUGGAUUUGGACGCCCGGAUGUGCGGUGGGAUAUCUCGGAUGGGUUUGCGAUCGUCAGAAAACUGGCAAUUUCGACAUCGGUUCUCGUGUGGAGUUCAUUGCAUGGUCAGUGUUGGAGUGA